CACCAUUCCACAUUCUGGUUUCCCUCUCAAAUAUGGCUGCAGUUCAACAGAUUUAUUCAGGGAGCGAACUUGAUGCCUUGUUCCCCUCUCCAUCUUCCCCGCCGAACGUGCUUUCCCCUCCGCGGUAUCCUGGUGUUUCCCCAGAAGCAGUCGUAGCUUUGGCAUAUGUCUUGAAGGAAAACUAUACGAAGUACCACAUUUUCUUCAACUACAAGCGGUUCCAUAACCACAUCACUCAUCGCGCGCUAGCACUUUUUGUCACAGGCGCGAGUGGAUCUCUGAUCGAAGAGUUCUACAAACAAGACACCACCUACCAGCGCCCAGCCAUUGAGUCUCCCGAGGCUGUCACAGAAGAGAACUUUAUUGAACAUUUAGGCGAUGACAACUUUUACGCCGCGUACAAAUCCUUCUUCAUCAAGGUUGUCGAUGAAAGGAGCCUCAGCUCCACGCUAGAGGAAUACAUCUUCUCUAAGAAGUACAACUUUAUAGAGGGACGAGACGCGUCCGCCCAGCCGGUGAUGUUGGCGCGCUUCCUUGGAGGUUUGUUCCACGCCUUCAUCCAUGUAGGAUACGGCGCGGAAUUAGGCAUCCCAGGCAUGGUUGUCGAAGGUCUUGCAUUGGCCAGCGUGCAUAAGUAUGAGUUCUUGCCGUCGUAUCUUUUCGAGCCCAGCGGCCCAACUGGAGUGGAAGAGGCAACAACUUGGCUUGCCUCCCUCGUCCUUAACACAAAGGCAUCUACUGUGCCCUCUCAACUCGAACAACCGCCAAAGAACCAUGCGUUUUCUAUUCUUGCCAAGAUCAUGCAAGAUUCGAAAUUCACACCGAAGGAAAUCAAGAAGCAUUUUAACAAUUUUGAUGGCUUGAUGUCCGAGCAUGGUGAUACUUUAUGGCACUACGCUGAACAAUGGACGAUCGAUCCGUCGCAGCCAGGCGAAAUCGAACGCAAGAUGGAAGAAUGUAUUUGGACAAGCACUAUCAUCUACACCAUUGGCGGAUGGAACAAAGACAGAAGUUUCACAGCAGACUUCACAUACAUGCAUCUCGUCACCUCAAGUCUCUUCCUUCCAUCCCUGUUGGCUUACCUGCCACAAAACUCGCAAAUUGUUUUGCUUCGCGGAUACUUUGCAUCGACUCUUGGGUGGUGGAUCACAUGCGGUUUCCCUAGACUGGACAUUCAAGGCUUCCUGAGCGCCACCUCACGUCCUUCGUCAGAAAUCAAGGUCGCUAACCCAUUCCUCGAUAUCGUUCAGUCUGUGAUGACUCACCCAAACGAACAUAUGCCGAAGAUUCAGCGCGCCUUUGCGUAUUUCUCGUCCCUUUAUGGCGCACGGCCUAAGGGUUACUUCAAGGAUACGGAACUGGAGGGUGCAGAAGCUCUGGACGGAUCGCUCUUCCUUUUGGCUGCGAGAUUGACUGGGGAGUAUAUGAGCGAAGGUACUAGGUUCUGGAGCCUAGGAGGGUUUCCUGUGAGCGAUUAGGAGUGGACGAGGGAUUUGAUAUGUAUGUGUUACAAACACCGUUGAACCAAUGACUGUACUUUUCAAACUUGUCAAAUGUGUUGAUCGUCUGAUAUCGCCCAAGACACAGCGAUAUAUCCAUUCACAAGGGGCACGCAGC